UAUACUACUUAUCCUUUUGUCAGCCCAACCUGGCAACAUCAGCUGCCCGGAACAGCGGAUCAGAAACAUUGUUGACAACUGUAGCUCGGCAGCAAACUUCUCCCGUUUCCAGAACAAUGACUCUGUCAACACUAGUCUGGGCGGGUUUUGAGGUGGUGUCGAUGGGUUGUCGCCUGCGCUAGCUAACUACGGAGCCAGGGUGGUUAGCUGGUGCGUCAACGGAUUUGACUCGCAGCGUUUCAGAGCAUUUGUAGCUUAACAUUAGCUGGCUAACAGAGCUUAGCUAAAGACGCAGCAGCAGCAUGGGCGAUGGCAGUAUCACUCCCAGGCUCGGCAACAUGAAAGCCUUGCUUGGUAUAGUUGCCGGGGCUGGAGCUUCCUAUGGGUUAUACAAACUAAUCAGCGGGGGGAGCAUCAAGAGAAACAAGAAAAGUGCUGCGACUGAAAGUGCUGGUGUCAGGAGCAGUCAGCCCUGUGAAGUUACCCUUAAGCCGGGCAGCCUGCUGGCCAGAGUGUCUGGACUGGAUGUGGUGUGUCCCCGACCUGUGGAUGUUGCAUCAGAGGACAUCAUCCACCAGUCCCCUGGCAAUUUGGAUCCACAGCACUUAAAAAUGCUGCUCACAUGUCUACAGACCAGCAAUAAUCCACCCGACAGAUGUAGGAUCCUACUGACUUUAGGAAAUUCAGCUGCCUUUACUGUGAAUCAGAAUCUAAUAAGGGAUUUUGGAGGGAUUCAGAUCAUAGCUGGUUUCCUUUCGGAUCCUGUGGCAGAGGUUAGAGUGCAGACUCUGAAUGCUUUAAAUAAUCUGUGCAUGAACAUCCAAAACCAGGAACAAAUAAAGGUUUAUGUUCCACAAGUGCUGGAGCUGAUUGAGAUGUCACCAGUGAAUUCUGACCUUCAGCUUGGUGCUCUCAGGCUGCUGACAAACCUUUCAGUCACAGAUAAAUAUCAACACUUGCUGAAGGAGUCGAUUACACUUUUACUUUCUCUACUUGUUGUGAGCAACGAAGCAUUACAGGUUCAAGCUUUGAAGGUUCUUGUGAAUUUGUCAUCCAAUCCAGAUAUGAUGGAUGACAUUGUUCAAGCUCAGGCACCAGCUUCUGUUGUGCUGCUGUUUGACGCACGGACAGCCCCUGCGGUGCUUCUGCGACUGCUAACAUUCGCAGGGAACUUAAAGGCCUGGAGGGCCUCUGCCCAGGUGGCUGAUGAACUGAGGCGGAAGCAGGAUUGCCUUUUCCGGGUCAUGUUAGAUGAGUCUUCCCAGCUCCACAGCAGACUGGUCCAACUGCUUUCACACCCUGAUGGGGAGAUUCAGUCCCAGGUGUCUCGCAUCUUGACAUAGACCUCCGUCUUUGAACUCUUGAUUCAUGCACAGCUUUUGCUUGCACACAUUUUUCCAAAGCUAUCAACCCAUCACCCUUUCAGUUGAAUUAUAAAUCUGUGUAGCCACAGGCAGAUACUCGGCUUACACUCCCACACUCUCUGUAUCAACAACGUUCCCUUGAUCGAUGUUAUUACCACACAUAAGUAAAUGAUCUCUUCCAGCUCACCAGCCACUCUUCCCUGGUUUCCACUUUCUUACACUACAAUUAAUUGAUGAGCAACAUGCGAGCAAGAAGCAGGAAGAAAGUAUUCAUUCAGUAAAGUGUUAAAACAGGCCACCACUCCCUGUUUACUUCCUGCCACCAAGAGUUUUCUUCUCGUUGCCAGAGACUAUUUUCCUUCAAAGAUCCACAGUGCCCUUCCUUCUGAGAAUGUCACCUACUUUCUCUGAAGACAUGUUCCAGGUGAAAUUUCUGAACCCAAACCUACUGCCAAACAUUUUCUAGAGAAUGUGUCAGGAUAACCUGUGCAGCACGACCCAGUCUAUUUCCCUUCUGUGACUCACUUGGAUGGAGAGCUGAAAAAAUUUCUCACUGCACACCUUAGCAUGCCUUGGAGACACAAAUGAAUGGAUGCACUUCAGCUCCAGUCCUUGGUGAAUUGUCAACAUGUUGGAUUCAAAGAUUGUGCUCUUUGAGAUAUUUUAUUUGUGUAUUUAAUUCAAGAAUUAGUGCAUCAUAACUUCAGAAGAGCCAAAGGGAGGUCAAUCGACAUUCUGGUUGUCCUCACAUUCAGUUUUUCAUCGUAAUGAGAAGAGUAAGUUGGGUCUGGUAAGGAUACACGCUGGGUAAACUUUGACUUUAAGGGUGCACCAACCACAGCUGCGUGGAUAAAACUUCAGGGUUGAUCCUUGACAUACAUACCUGCGUGGUUGCAUCCCUCAGAAACACCUGCAAAUCCUCCAGAGAGUAGCUGGAGGAAGUUCCACAGGAAAAGGAUGUCUGAACUGCUGUGAUUGUUGUAGCUGCCACAAAUAUCGUGCAGAUAUGCAGCUUGAAAAAGAAUAGAGGAAGACGUGACCUUUGACAAAGCAGUCUGCAAUAAUGAAAAUGUUUUGUUGUCAAAAUCAUGCUCACAAUGUUAUUGACUUACAACAGAGGAUUGCAUGUUAAAUACAA